AUGAUAUUUUACAGAUUUACAAUGAUUUCAACGCCUAAAAAGAAAUCUCAGAAUCCUGUUCCGCAGCCUGACCGAGGUCAGAACGUUCAGGUGUUCGUGAGAUGUCGCCCCUUAAACAGCAUGGAGAAGAACAUUAAGUCCUACAGUGUGGUUGAGUUGCCGACCAACAAGGAGGUUGUUGUCAAGGGUAUGCCUCUCAACCUCUACAGCAAGGAGUUCCACUAUGACAGAGUAUUUGGUCCAAGUUCAACUCAGAACGAAGUUUACACCAACGUUGUUUCUCCAUUGAUUGAACAGGUUAUACAAGGAUACAACUGUACAGUGUUUGCCUAUGGACAAACCGGUUCAGGAAAAACCUACACAAUGGAGGGAGGUGAGUACAGAAUUUCUAAGAAGCCCUGGGAUUCAGAGUCCGAGUCAGGAAUUAUUGUCCAAGCUCUGUGCCAGAUAUUUGAUGAUCUGAGAACAGCGCAGGAUACUGAAUUCUCAGUCAGGGUUUCUUUCCUGGAGUUGUAUAAUGAGGAAAUUUUUGAUCUUCUCUCUCCUACUGAUGAUACUUCUAAACUAAGAUUGUACGAGGAUGCUACGAAGAAGGGAUCCGUAAUUAUUCAAGGACUAGAAGAAGUUCAGGUACGAGCAAAGAAAGAAGUUUACGGACUAAUGGAUAAAGGAGCACUAAAGAGAAAAACUGCGGAAACAUUAAUGAAUGCGAACUCGAGCAGAUCCCACACAAUAUUCACCGUAACCGUACACAUGAAGGAAGCCAGUGUCGAGGGCGAGGAGGUGAUUAGGGUUGGUAAGCUUAACCUCGUCGAUCUGGCCGGCAGCGAGAACGUUGCUCGAAGUGGAGCCUCUGGAGGUCGAGCUCGCGAGGCUGGUAGUAUCAACACCUCCCUGCUCACGUUAGGGAGAGUUAUCACCUGCUUGGUGGAGAGGACUCCGCAUAUUCCGUACAGGGAGUCUAAACUCACCAGACUUCUUCAGGAUUCCCUGGGAGGAAAGACUAAGACCUCAAUAAUUGCAACAAUAUCCCCCGCUCAUACAAACAUUGAGGAGACCUUGUCAACCCUAGAUUAUGCCCAGAGAGCCAAGAAUAUCACUAACCGACCUGAGGUGAAUCAGAAGCUGAGCAAGAAAGCUGUAUUGAAAGAAUACACGGAUGAGAUUGAUAGAUUAAGAAACAAUCUCUUCAGAGCAAGGGAAGGAGAAGGAGUUUAUCUAGCCCAGGAGAACUAUCAGGAGAUGAUGAACCAAAUUCAGGCCCAGCAGGUUGAAAUCAAGGAUACUAUUGGUAAGAUGAGAGCUCUCAAGCAGGAGAUGGAUAACAAGGUUCAACUCUUCGUGGAGUACGAACAGAAACUUAAGGAUCGGCAAGCCGAGCUGGAGAAGGAAAAGACAACCCUGCAGAGUUUAGAGGAGGCACUGGAGAGUGCCAAAAAUGAUCUCCGGGAGACUGCUCGAGAACGUGAUCUACAUUCUCAUCUUGUGCACAAACACGUAGAGACGGAAACUAAACUUGGACAAGAGGCGCGCAAACUUUUGGUUUUCGCUCACGAUACUUCAAGCGAGGUGUCAGCACUCCAUGAUAAGCUGGAUCGGGGAAGGAAGGUUGAGAAUGAGAAUGAAAAUCUCUACGAGGAUUUUCUUUCAAGGUUCAAGACUAAAAUUGAUCUCCUGUCUACAAUCAUGCAAACAUACCAGGAUGAUCAUAAUUCUCAGAGGAAACAAAUUGACGAGGGAAUUUUACAAGCAUCAGAACACAACAAUAAAAUCAUGGUUGAGAUCACUCAAAUGAUCUCUCAGUUAAAUCAGGAACGGAAUAUUUCCAGCUCCAGGAUUACAGAAGAGCUGGAGAAAGAGAUUGGUGAGAAUAAUCAUACCUUGAACCAGCAUCACAAAGUUCUAAACUCAAGGAUUAGUGAACUUCAAGCGAUAUCCCAUGAGUUUAAGGACGUAUCUGUUGAGACCUUUCUCCGGGAGAUCUUGGUUCAGCUGGAGCGUGAACAAAAAUCUUAUCAUAGCAUGUCGGAGCUAGUUUCUUCAUCCUCACAGGAGUUAUUAGACACAUUCUCCAGGACCGGAGAAACACUCAUGUCCCACAUGUUAGAACUCUGGAAGGAAGUUGAGAGUCAGGUUGUUCAGAACUCUGGAGAGUUAGAGAAAACCAUAGAGAUAAACUCCAGGACCACUAAAUCAUUGGACGUGAUGAAGACUGCGCUUGAAACCUUGAUGAGCGAGUACAAGACACAUGCCGACAUUGUCCAGCAAAACAUGAAAGAGAACGACGAUAUUUGUAAGAAGAUAUCCCAGAGUAGUUCCAAGAUGUUCAGCUCAGUAUCUGGGAAGGAUAAGGUGCACACGGAGAUGAGGGUUAAAGUGCUGAAGGAGAUCAAGGUUGAAUCUGAUGAAAAACUGAAGAAUAUCCAUGGUUCAGUGUCCGACUGUGUACAACUGAACAACGAGGAAUCCAAGAUUCAAGAAAACUUCCUUGAAGUGAAGAACAAGUAUAUUCUAGGAACCUCGAACAUUCUAGAGAAAACUAUGAAUGCGUCCGAAGGAUCGCUGAUGGAGAUUAAACAACAAAACACGCGAACAGCGGAGAGUUUAAAAAAUAAAAAAUCCGUGUCCGCGGAGCAACUUAAAUCCAACAAGGAGAAUUUGGAGAAGUAUAUCGAAACCAGCGAGAAGAUCAGGGAGAAGAUGCACAAGGAGAAGCUGACACGGGUCAAGGAACUGGGCGGAGCAGUUGAAGGGUUCAGAGAGAAGAUAAACUCCGAGCUGAAGGGAGUAGAGGAGGAGACUAUUGGGUUUGUAAAUACUGAAAUCAAGCAGAAUACUCCAACAGGAAGCACUCCAGUACCUAAAGAGAGAACCUACCCUAGAACUCUGACUGCUACUUCACCCCACGAGAAAAUUAUAGAAAGGUUUCGGAGAAAUGAAACCCUGAACACCGCUGCAAAUUUACCAUUGGAUGAGAUGGAUUCUGACUCCGUGAUAUCCUGCAGUACUAGAGGUCGGAGCACCAGCCAAGCAUCUGAAUACCGACCUUUUAGUUCUCUGAGCGGAUCUUUAACAGAUCUAGCCUCGGUUUCUGAUACAGAGGAAGUGGAGAGAACCACCGGCCUCAAGAAACCUCAGAUAUUUUUCUCUCAGAAGAAUUAGGACGGAAUUAUGUUUUUGGAUCCUUGAUUGAUUAACGGUUCUGGAUUCUUGAGUUAGGGUCCUAGAUCCUUGACUUUAGGUCCUGGAUCCUUAUUCAAGGACCUGAAUCAUUUAUUUGAACGGUUCUGGAUUCUUGAUUCACGGCCCUGGAUACUUGACUUACGGUCCUGGAUCAUAGACUUGCGGUCCUGGACAAUUGAUUUACGUUCCUUGAUCAUUGACUUACGGUUCUGGAUCAAAUCAAAUCAAAUCAAAUCUUUUAUUAGGCCACAAAUUAUACAAUGUACAUACAUAUAAAUGCUAAUUGAAAAUAACAGACAAUUAAGAGUAUAUUGAAUAACGGUUUUUGAUCACUGAGUUACAGCCCUGGAUCCUUGGUUACGGUCCUGGAUCCUUAACUUACUGUCCUGGAUCUUUUUGAUUUUUAUUGAUUUGACGCAGUUCUAAAUUUUGUUGUAACUAACCCAUCAAGGGAAUAUUAAUAAAGAACUAUUUUUCA